CGUGUGUGUGAGAGAGGCACGAUGUGAGCUGCGCUGCGCUGCCGUUCCCGGAUGCCGCGGCCCACGCACGCGCCAGCUACCGGACGGGGUGCAGCGCUGCUGCAAGGGAGCCCUCGCGCCUGCCGCUGGCGCGGAGAAGCGCGCUCAGCAACAGCGGCUCGCCGACGGAGCCUCAUGUCCCGAGCCAUGAGGAGCUCACUCGACUGCUUGUGGAGUGCGGGGCACAGGACGAUGGGCUGCCUCGGGACCGCGCGUGAGAGCACAGAAGGGGCAGCAGCGGCCGCGCGUCUAUCUGCUGCUGCAUGCUGGGCACAGGGCGUCACCGACUCAUCGUGUCUCACUCUCACUGCCGUGCUCCGCUACGCCCGAUGCCAUGUGCCAGAUGUGCUAGAUUUUUAGUAGUCGGCGGAAAUAGGUACACAGCGCAGAUGACGCGGAGGGGGACGGGGAAAAGGUAAAUGUCUGUCUUGGGGACGAAUGUGUGGGGGGAGACCAGAGUGUGGAAGCGACGGCGGGAACAGAUGGCGUGGAGGACGCCGACGAGGAGGAACGAGACACGGCGGCGGCGGCGCGCUUAUGCGACCUGCGGGCCGGCGGCGAGCACCUCCUCCGACACGUCGGCGGCGUACUUCUCGAAGGCGCUGCUGAACAUGCCGGCGA